UUGUACGUAUUCUUUGUCUGGUAUUUAUAUAGAAAGCGGCGCGCCUGAGAAAGAGGAAAGCGAGUUUUUGCGAAGUUACAGCAGCCAUGGGAGCUCUUGCUCCAGUUUUUCAUUGGAUUCCUGAAGAUGAUCUCUUACUUAAAAACGCCAUUGAGGCCGGUGCUUCUUUGGAAUCACUUGCAAAAGGUGCAGUUCAAUUUUCCCAAAGAUUUACCGUUCAAGAAUUGCAAGAUCGAUGGCAUGCUCUCCUUUACGAUACAGUUGUUUCUGCUGAAGCAUCAACACUCAUGAUUGAGUUUGAUCGGUCUGCAUCAACACUGAAAUGUAAUAGGUUUGAGAAUGCAAAGGAAAGUAAAAACUCUGUUCUGUUAAAGAGAAAAACUGAGAGCAUCCGUUCAUGUUACUAUGCUAUGCGUAAGAGGAUCCGUAAUGAUCCAUUUGAUUCGAUGGAUAUGAACUUUCUUGGUGGAGCUGGUGACAAUGGCGAGUCUCAGUCAGUGAAUUGUGUAUUUCUGGAUUCGAUAAAAGAUACAUUUGGUAAUCAACAAUCAAAUUUUGACGUAAUACGAAAUUGCAUCUCUGAACAUGGGUGUGAUGAUUCCAUUUGUGCUAAUAAUUGUGUAACUGCUUCUCCUGGUUUUCCGAUUGGACUCCUCAAUCACAAGGGAGAUUUUCCACUUAGCAGCUUUAAUGUUGCUGAGAACUUUCAUGUUGCCGUUGAAGAAAGUGUUGCCCUUGCUGACAAACAAAGCACUGUUUGGGAAUUGGGUGAAUUGCCAGUUUGUGGAUUAUUUGAAGCUGAGGAUUCAGAACCUAAUUUGCCUAUGAGAGAUCAAUGUGACGAUGUGAGGAACUCUUCUGGAUUUGAAAGCCAGGUCUUGAACUCACCAGUUCCGGAUUGUGGCUUAACAUUUCACGAUCUUGGUUAUUCAUCUACUCCACCUGAAAUGCCAGAUUGGAGUACAGUUGGAGAUAUAUCUGUUCCACCUCUGCCUGAUUUCGAGGAGGAGCAGAAUAUACAGAAUGCAUUUGUAAUUCCUAUUAAUGGCAAUUCGAAUACAAUGGAUGCAUCAGAAUAUGACGUUGUAAAUUCAAACUCCAACUUGAGAGACCAUAUGUCAUGUGAUGAAUCGAGAAAUGCAUGUGAUGAACCGAGAAAUUCAGUACCUAGUACUGACGACUACUUAGUUGAGUUGUCAGAAUCCUUGUUCAACUUUACAGAUGAGGAAGAGUUGCUAUUCAUUGAUCCUAAUGGAAAUGAAGCGAUUAAUAAGUAUUAUUUUGAUGGUUUGAGCUCACUUCUCUUGGAUUGUCCUGAUGAUGUGGGUGACAUGCCCGACAAAGGUAUAUCGGAGGCUUCAAAUGCUUCAGACGAAGGGCUUACUGUUCUUGAUGGUGCUUGUCCCAAAAAAUUCGGUGAUAAUUGUGUGUACCAUUAUAGUGAUAAGCCUCUAGUUUCCUGUUCAGACUUCCAAAUGCUAUCCUCCGCAUUAACUGUCAAUCCGGCUUUUCCUGAAAUGCGUGGUGGAGUUAUUUGUUGCACACUAAGUACUGAGGACCCAGAAGUUCCUAGGAACGAUGAUGUUUUUCUUCCUGUUCUAAUGCCGUCAACAUCAUUUCCGUCAAUGACCCAUUGGAAAUAUGACGAGACUUAUCAUCCAUCAUCCUCGUCUGCCAAAGAUUUGUCAAAUAAUCAAAAAGCCAAUGAUGGACAUGCUGUCUUGAAGAAAAAGGAACAAAAUUGUCAUUCAGAAUACAGUAAUUCUUAUCAGAUGAAUGAACCACCAUCACAGGCAGAAAUGUUCAAUCAUGAUCACAAAGUUAAGCAUGAGUUGCCCAAUGACAAUAACCAACAUGUGGUACGGAGGAAUCUGCAGACUUCUGAUUGUCCAAGGCCAGUCAUUUCAGGAACCUUAAGUGCAGUGAAUUUCUGUAAAGGAGAUUUUAAAGAAAAUAUCACAAAGGAUGGACAGGGUAAAAAUCUCAGUCGGAUUUAUGCUGCUGAUGCCAACAAGUGCUUGGAGAAAAGUGCAAUUCGCGCAAAGGAACAUGACACUACCACCAUCCUUCAGAAGAAUGAACCUAUACUUGCUGAAGCUGCCCACAUGAAAACAACAAUCCUUGAAGCAAGUGCAAACAAUACUUCACCAGAUUCGGAAGAGUUUCUUUAUGAGAGCGAUGAGGACAUACCCUACUUUUCUGAUGUUGAAGCUGUGAUCCUUAGUAUGGAUUUGAGCCCUAAUGGCCAGGAUAUGUAUUCCAGUAAGAGAGUCAAGGAGUAUCAGCAUGAAGAUUUUAUUAGAACGAUCAUCAGGCUAGAGCAGGCUGAUCAUGCAUGUAAGCAGAGGAAGAUUGCUGCGUGUGGAGCUUUUGCUGUUUUAAUUGGCAGCUGUUCAAGGCAUUUUAUUAGAAAACCUGAGGUGCUACUGGGAAGAGCAUCUGAAGAUGUUAAAGUUGACAUUGACUUAGGCAGAGAAGGUCGUGAUAAUAAAAUUUCAAGGCGACAGAUUAUAAUCAAAUUUGCCAGCUCAUCUUCAGUGGAGCAGAUUAUGCCUUAAUCUGCCAACUCAUUUGACAAACCCUCAAGUUGGCAUGUAAAUAUCGAACAUGCCUAACUUGCUCAGAAAGGACUCAAAAGUAGUUCUAAAAAGACCUUUUGUGAAAAUAUCUGCAACUUGUUCAGUUGUUGGAACAAAAGGGAUGCACACACUUCCAUUUUCAAUCUUUUCUCUUUAAUGAAGUGCCUGUCCAAUUCAACAUGUUUUGUUCUAUCAUGUUGAACUGGAUUAUGAGCAAUGCUUAUGGCAGCCAUAUUGUCACCAUACAACUUCAUUGGCAAACUCAUAGGUUUCUUAGUUCUUCCAAAAGUCUCUUGAGCCACAACAUUUCACAAAUUCCAUGUGCCAUGGAUCGAUACUCAGCCUCAGCACUACUCCGAGCCUCCUUGUUUUGCUUCUUACUUCUCCAUGUCGCUAAAUUUCCCCAAACAAAUGUACAGUAUCCAGAUGUAGAUCUUCUAUCAAUAGAUAAACCAGCCCAGUCCGCAUCGGUAUAAGCCUGAACACUUCUUUGCUCAUUCUUUUUGAGGAACAACCCUUUCUCAGGAGAACUCUUUAGAUACCUUAGGAUUCGAUACACAGCUUCUUGGUGUUCUUCUCGUGGAGAAUGCAUGAACUGACUAACUAGGCUCACAACAAAGGAAAUAUCUGGUCUAGUAUGUGACAAGUAAAUCAACUUGCCUACCAGUCUCUGAUAUUCACCCCUAUCAAUCAAUUUUCCUUCCUUUGCAAACUUUAGAUUCGGGUCAAUUGUAAAGCGACUACUGCUAAAUAGAGAAUGAGAAGAUUAAUCUUUAUUCAUAGGCUAAUUGAGUAUAUAUAGGCGCUAAUACAACUUGUCAAACAUACGACUGAAAGAAGCAUGUGGAAGUGGCUUGGUUAGGACAUCAACAACCUGAUCAGCAACGUGUAAGUGCUCGACUUCAACCUCUUUGCGUUGCUCCUGGUCACGUACAAAGUGGAAAUCGAUGCCAAUAUGCUUCAUCUUACUAUGAAAGACAGGAUUCUCGCAGAUGUAUGUAGUUCCAAUAUUAUCACAAAGUAUGCGCGGAAUGCAAGCAAGGGAAAAACGAAGCUCACGCAGUAGGUUGGUGAUCCAGUUGGUUUCUGCCAGAGCAGCAGCUACAGCUCGGUAUUCAGCUUCGGUGGAUGACCGAGAGACAGAUCGCUGCUUCUUGGAGGACCACGAGAUUGGCGUACUUCCAAGAUAUAUAACAUAGCCAGUUGUGGAAGUUCUGUCUAUAGGGUCACCAGCCCAAUCAGAGUCAGAGUACACCAUAAGUCGAUUAUUAGUCUCACGGGUUAUUUGAAGACCAAAAGAGGAGGUCUGUUUGAGAUAUCGAAGCAAUCGCUUAACAACUUUCCAAUGAUUAGCUUGAGGACAAUGCAUAAACUGGGAGAGUUUAUUUACUGUACAUGCGAUGUCAGGUCUGGUGAAGGACAAAUAUUGCAGCUUGCCAACAAUUUUCCGAAAGAAAGAGCCAUCAACAAUAGGAUCAACUUGAUUUACACUAAGAACAGUAGAGACGGACAUAGGAGUGGGAACGCCUUUGCUCUCUUGCAUAUUGGCUUCCUGGAGAAGGUCUUCAAUAUACUUUUGUUGAGACAACAGUAGGCCACCUUGAAACGACAGAACCUCAACACCCAAAAAAUAGUUCAAGUGGCCAAGGUCCUUGAUAGAGAAACGUUGAGCAAAGGCAUUGAUAAUUUGUACCUUGUUCGUGAUUUCCAGUAACAAUAAUGUCAUCCACAUAUACAAGGAUAUAAACAGUGAAUCCUGAAUGAUGUAAGAUAAACAAGGACGAGUCAGAUUGUGAUUUGAAAAAACCUUAUGUUACCAGAAAGUUCUUGAGCUCGGUGUACCAAGCUCUAGGUGCUUGUUUGAGACCAUAUAUAGCUUUGUGAAGUUUGCAGACGUGAUUGGACAAAGUUGGAUGCUCAAAGCCAGGAGGUUGUCUCAUAUAAACUUGUUCCUCUAAAUGACCUUGCAAGAAUGCAUUAUUUACAUCAAGUUGAUGCAGACGUUAAUUAUAUUGAACAACGAUGACGAGAACUAGGCGAACAGUUGUAGGCUUGACUACUGGACUGAAGGUGGAAUAGUAGUCAAGUCCAGGCCGCUGAGUGAAGCCUUUGGCCACUAAUUGAGCUUUAUACUUUUCGAUAGAACCAUUACCAUCAGGAUGAUGCUUAAUGCGAAAUAGCCACUUACAGUCUACUACAUUUUGCGAAGGAUCGUUGGGAACCAAAGUUCACGUUUGGUUUCUCACAAGGGCAUCAAAUUCAGCUUGCAUAUCAACAUUCCAGUGGGGUUCACAUUGAGCUUUCUUGUAGGAAGAGGGCGUUUUUGGACUUGGAACAUGAGCAAGAAGGCUGGUUUGAUGUUUGGUCUUAAGAAUGUUAUUUUUGGAACGAGUAACCAUUGAAUGACUAGGCAUUGUGGUGGAAGGUGUGGUUGAAGUGAUGUGGCUGGUUUGUGUGUUUGGGGGUGAUAGCCGACAAAUUAGGAGUAGAAGGGGCUGCAAUAGGGGAAGGUACUGAAGGAGGAAAAUUUAUAGGUUUACUGGAUGAAGGCAACGACUUAGGAGCUAGAGGUGGAUUCCGUCGUUUAUAAGUUAAAAGGGGUGGAUUGUUUGUUUGAAGAUGGGUGGUUUGGUUGUUCAAAAAAGGUGCAGAAGGGAUGAGAGGCGGCGUAGAAUUUGGAACGGAAAUCACAGCUUCAUCAGAUAAAGAAUUCGGAGGAGAGUUGAGGAUCAUACCUGAACCUUGAGAGAUUGAUAUGAGUGAACUUUGCGGGCAAGGUGCACAUGCAAUAGCUGAAGGAAGAUCCUUGUUUAACUUUUGAACUUCGCAAGUGAUUUGAUUGGUUUCUUUUCAACUGUUUCCUAUGAUUUAAU